AUGUCAAAGGAAGAUAACAAUCACCCUACACAAAAUGGAAAAGAAAAACCGAUUAAUGGCCAUAAAAUUAUCUUAACAUCAGAUAACUGGACGGGAGCACAUCAUUCAAUAUCUGAAGCUUUACUUAGACAUUCUGCUGGUUGUGAUAAAGCUUAUGGGGCUGGGGAUUUGGAUAAGAAAAUUGAAAGAACUUUUAAUCAAAUUUUUGAGAGAGAAGUUGCUGUCUAUUUUGUUGGAACUGGAACAGCCGCAAAUGCAUUGGCAAUGGCAUAUUUGAACAGGCCAGGAGGAAUAAUUUUCGCUCACAAACACGCUCAUUUAAUUGAGGAUGAAUGUGGGGCUCCUGAAUAUUUUACUGGGGGUGCUCGAAUGUUUGGAGUUGAUGGGGCUUUGGGGAAGAUGGAUGCAGAGGAAUUAAAGCAUGUUAGCGCACGUUUUGCUGCCAAUCCUGAUCAUGUUCAUUCUGGACAGGCAAUGGCUGUUUCUAUUACACAAAGUACAGAAAGUGGGACAGUUUAUUCAUUAGAAGAAAUUAAACAAAUUUCUAAAAUUGCUCAUGAUAAUGGCCUUCCACUUCAUAUGGAUGGUGCUCGUUUUGCAAAUGCAUUGUGUGGUUUAAAUUGUACUCCGGCAGAAAUGAGUUGGAAGGCUGGGGUUGAUAUUUUAUCUUUUGGUGCAACAAAAAAUGGUUGUUGGUGUGCUGAAGCUAUCAUUGUGUUUAAUGAUAUACAACAAGCUGAUCGCAAUUUCCCUUAUCUUCGUAAACGUGCUGCUCACCUUUUCUCAAAAACUCGUUUCGUUGCUGCUCAAUUUGAGGCUUAUUUUCGAGAUGAUCUUUGGCUUAAAAAUGCUCGUCAUGCAAAUAAAAUGGCCACUCGUCUAGCUUCAAUCAUUCAAUCUUCAAAUAGUUGUAGACUUGCCUGGGAAGUUAGGGCAAAUGAAGUUUUUGUUGUUAUGAGUCGAAGUAUUGUUGAAAUGCUUAAAGAACAGGGAACGUCUCCUUUUUAUGAAUGGAAUGUGCCUGAUAGGGAGAGAAAAGAAUUAAAUCUUGGCCAAGAAGAAGGACUUUAUCGUCUUGUUGCUACUUUUGCUACUACAAAAAACGAAGUUGAUGAAUUUGGAAAAUUGCUUUCUCGUUUCUCUUAA